UAUAAGUGCGGGCGGCGGGGCGGCCGACUCUCCGCAGCCAGCCCGCCGUCCGCGCGCGUCCCGCAGCCGCCGCCCCACGCCCGAGCAUGAGGGAGAUCGUGCACAUCCAGGCCGGCCAGUGCGGCAACCAGAUCGGGGCCAAGUUCUGGGAGGUCAUCAGCGAUGAGCACGGUAUAGACCCCAGUGGCAACUAUGUUGGAGACUCAGACCUGCAGUUGGAGCGUAUCAGUGUCUACUACAACGAGGCGUCUUCUCACAAGUAUGUACCUCGGGCCAUCCUGGUGGACCUGGAGCCUGGAACCAUGGACAGCGUCCGGUCAGGGGCCUUUGGGCACCUCUUCAGGCCCGACAACUUCAUCUUCGGUCAGAGUGGGGCUGGCAACAACUGGGCCAAGGGCCACUAUACGGAGGGCGCCGAGCUGGUGGACUCGGUCCUGGACGUGGUGCGCAAGGAGUGUGAGAAUUGCGACUGCCUGCAGGGCUUCCAGCUGACCCACUCGCUGGGCGGGGGCACCGGGUCAGGGAUGGGCACGCUGCUCAUCAGCAAGGUGCGCGAGGAGUACCCCGACCGCAUCAUGAACACCUUCAGCGUGGUGCCCUCGCCCAAGGUGUCCGACACGGUGGUGGAGCCCUACAACGCCACCCUGUCCAUCCACCAGCUGGUGGAGAACACCGACGAGACCUACUGCAUUGACAACGAGGCGCUCUACGACAUCUGCUUCCGCACCCUCAAGCUGGCCACGCCCACCUACGGGGACCUCAACCACCUGGUUUCGGCCACCAUGAGCGGUGUCACCACUUCCCUCCGCUUCCCCGGCCAGCUCAACGCCGACCUGCGCAAGCUGGCUGUGAACAUGGUUCCCUUCCCCCGCCUGCACUUCUUCAUGCCCGGCUUUGCCCCACUCACCGCCCGGGGCAGCCAGCAGUACCGCGCCCUGACGGUGCCCGAGCUCACUCAGCAGAUGUUCGACGCCAAGAACAUGAUGGCCGCCUGCGACCCCCGCCAUGGCCGCUACCUGACUGUGGCCACCGUCUUCCGUGGGCGCAUGUCCAUGAAGGAGGUGGACGAGCAGAUGCUGGCCAUCCAGAGCAAGAACAGCAGCUACUUCGUGGAGUGGAUCCCCAACAACGUGAAGGUGGCUGUGUGCGACAUCCCGCCCCGUGGGCUCAAGAUGUCUUCCACCUUCAUCGGCAACAGCACGGCCAUCCAGGAGCUGUUCAAGCGCAUCUCGGAGCAGUUCACGGCCAUGUUCCGGCGCAAGGCCUUCCUGCACUGGUACACUGGCGAGGGCAUGGACGAGAUGGAGUUCACCGAGGCCGAGAGCAACAUGAACGACCUGGUGUCCGAGUACCAGCAGUACCAGGACGCCACGGCCGAGGAGGAGGGCGAGAUGUAUGAAGACGACGAGGAGGAGUCCGAGGCCCAGGGCCCCAAGUGAGGCAGGUGGAGGGGUGGGGCCGGCUCACAGCCCAGCCGCGUAGCCGCCGGCGCCGCCCCCAGCCGCACCGCCCAGAGCCCCCGGUCUGUCCCUCCGGCAUCCCCGCCCCGCGGGAGUCCGCCCCGCUCUGUCUUCCUGCGAUAGUCUUUGCCUUCCUCGUGUUACUCGUUUGUCUCUAUUGAUAGCUCCAGGCCCGAUGUCUUAGGUUUGUUUUGUUUUUUUACUGGUUUGUGUUUAUAUUUUGAGGGGAAUACUUAAUAAAUUUAUUGCUGUCAGAUA